UACAAUCAAACUAAUUACAUAUUCAAUCAAAAUUGACACAUAAUUUUGAGAUUUAUUUCAAUAAUAUAAUGUAAUGUAGUAUUGAUUGAUUGAUUAUAUAAUUCUGCUCUCCAGAUCUUGAUCUCCUUCUCUACACCCCUCAAAACCCCUUCAAUUCUUCCCUCUUUUCUUCCCCUGUUUAAUAAAUUCUGUUUUCUCGUUACCCUCUUCAACAGAAGUUUCAUAUUGUUUCAUUGCAGCUAUGUUGUUGAAAGUUGCUCCAGCUUUUUCUUUGGUAAAUUCUCAGGUGGAACAUCAGAGUCUUCCCUUGUUUUCCUCCGUUCCUUCAGCUCAAUCUGCUUCUUCAUUUCUUCGGCUUUCUUCUCCAAGCAAUGGAGUUGGGUCUGCUGUAGUUUUUGCAAGCAAGGGAUCCGAGAACAAGCCGCUAACCGGUGUUGUUUUUGAGCCCUUUGAGGAAGUGAAGAAAGAGCUUAAUCUUGUCCCCACUCUGCCUCAAGUCUCUUUGGCUCGUCAAAAGUUUAGUGAGGAGUGUGAAGCUGCUAUCAACCAACAAAUCAAUGUUGAAUCCAGUAUCUCCUAUGGGUACCAUGCUAUGUUUGCCUACUUCGACAGGGACAACGUUGCGCUCGAGGGUUUUGCCAAGUUCUUCAAUGAAUUGAGUUUAAGAGACAGAGGGCAGGUUGAGAAAUUGAUGAGAUACCAGAACAAAAGAGGUGGAAGAGUGCAGCUGCUGGAAAUCUCGUUGCCCCUCUCGGAGUUUGAUCAUGGCGUGAAGGGACAUGCAUUGCAUGCUAUGGAGUUUGCCUUGUCAAUGGAGAAAAUAGCAAAUGCGAGGCUCUUGCACCUGCACAGAAUAGCUUUGCGGAACCAUGAUGCGCAGCUGGCAGAUUUCGUUGAAAGCGAAUUCUUAUCUAUGCAGGUGGAGGCCAUCAAGAAAAUAGCUGAACAUGUGUCUCAGUUGAGAAGACUGGGCGCUGGACAUGGGGUCUGGCACUUCAAUCAGAUGCUUCUCCGCGAGGGAGGUAUUGCAUGAAACCAAAUGUGCAGAAACUUUUUCCGACGAGGGAUCAUUUUAAGCCCUGUUAUGUUAAUAAAGAGUUGUAUAUUCAUGGAUUUCAUACCCCCAUGAAUAUUCAUUUUAGUCAUAGCUGUUUAAUUCCUGCACCUUGAGAAUAUAGUUACGUAGAGGUUUCUUUUUGUUAAGGUGAGGACACAUUAUAUGCUUGCAAUCUAAUAAAAUGGAGUCGGAGUAAUUCCAAAUGAAA